AUGCUCCUGGUGACAUGGCUGGGGGGACCUUUCUCUGGUACAGCCAGGAAAAGUGGGCAAGAAGCUGAAGAAACAUGGAAGGAGGGAGACACAGCGGUGAAACCACUUCCUUCUUGUCGGCUAAAAGCAGGCAGACGCUCUCCUGCUGUCCAUAUAAUCCAGAGCAAGGAUGGGUAUAGCUGGCUGUCGCCCGUGGAUGAUGCGACACUGACAUCUCGACAUCGUCAAAACAUCUCUCGACGGCCCCUGAUGGGCCUUUAUGCGUUUCCAUGCACCUUCUUCUCCCCGUCGGCUACCAUGACCAUCUCGACCAUCUGCGCAGUCGUCUUCAUCUUGAUCUUCAUCUUCAUCUUGAUCUUCGUCGUCGUCGGUCGUCGGUCGUCGGUCGUCCUGCUUAGUCAUCAUGGCGUGACCACGAAAAAGAAAGCGAAAAAACCCUCCGAAUCGGAGUUUCUCGCUCUUUUUUCUGCCCCUCCACAAAGGGCAAGGCGGUCACUAGCCCCUCCAUCCUGCAUCCUCCAUCCUCCGCCGCCGCCGCCCUUUUUCUUCUCCUCCUCCUCGACUCCCCUCAACCUUCUCAACCUCUUCAACCUCACCUCUUCCACCUCACGCCGUCGCCAGCUCGCUCUCUUCACCCCCAAUUGA